AUGCGGCAGACCAUAUUAAAUAGGAAAACCAACCCCGCAGAUAGGUUGUCCCGAAAACCAAAUAAAGAGAGUUCCUCUCGAAACGCUGAUGUUCUAGGACCAAUUCGAAAUAGGAUCGCAAGGGCGGAAGCGCUGAUCACGACGAAACCCUUGACGCUACCAAAACUCUUCUCUCAGAAGAAAAAAAUCAAAACCGAGUGCAAAUCUCCACAGCGGAAUGCCUCAUCGCAGUCGAGUCGUGCGCCAUUCGACUACGUUUCGGAUGGUUGCCGGGGCCAACUCGCUAUAAACCCGGGGAAAGGAGAACCUGAGCGGAUUCGUCCGUGUAUGGCCUCCUAUAACCUAAACAUUGGGAAAGGAGAACCUGAGCGGAUUCGUCCGUGGAAGGAGAUCCUGAACGGAUUCGUCCAUAUAGGGGCUCCUAGUGAUCCCACGAAUGAUAUGUUAUCCACCCAGGAUUCGCCUAGGUAUCGGGACCCAUUCGACGAGGACCCGGAUCUUAGAGAUCCGGCUAUCCUUGAAAACCUAGGUCGCUCCCAAACCAUUCCUCGCCAAGCCUUAGUUGCAGCAGCGAGGGAGGAGGACAUUUUCUCCGAAAACCCAAACUUUGAGUUUGAAAACCUGAUCGCCAAGGUCCAGGGUGACGAUCCUAAGACUCGACAGCGUAUCGAAAACCUUUCUAGUAGAAAACCCGGCCAAAUCGGUUGGACCCUUGAUAGCAAUAACCUUUUACGGUUUAAGGAACGAAUUUUCGUGAACCUCCAACGAGACGUAGACGAAUAUAUAGCGACUUGCGUAGUAUAUCAGGGAGCUAAGGCCCCAAGGCACAAACCAUACGGGAAAUUUCAACCCUUACCACAACCAACUCGUCCUUGGAAAGAAAUAUCGCUAGACUUCAUCAUAGGCCUCCCUCCUGUAAUAUAG